CCAUCACCGCCGAGCGCUCCAAGUCGUGCGAUGAAGGACUCAAUGCUUUCAGAGACGAAGGACGGCCCUCAAGGCAGUCGAAAAGAGUGAAGAGCUUUUUCACGGAUGGGUCCUUGGACAACAUCGGGACGGCGGAGGAGGUCCGAUCCAAACGGCACUCCACCUCGGAGCUGGGGAACAUCACAUACAGCGACGUGCGGCGAGAAGGAUGGCUGCACUUCAAACAGAUCCUCACAGAGAAGGGAAAGAAAGUCGGCAGUGGCAUGUGGCCGUGGAAGCGGGUCUACUCGGUUCUCCGCUCCCACUCGUUGGUCUUCUACAAGGACAAGAGGGAGGCGGUGUURGGCGGCACCACGAUGGGAGGCGCCGCUGAGGACGAGCAUCAGGUCAGCAUCCGAGGCUGCCUGGUGGACAUCGCCUACAGCGAGACCAAGAGGAAGCACGCCCUGCGGCUGACCACGCAGGACUUCUGCGAGUACCUGCUGCAGGCGGAGGACAGGGACGACAUGCUGGAGUGGAUCAAGGUCAUCAGGGAGGGCAGCAAGAUGGACAGCGAGGAACUCGGUUUUUCCAGACAAGCCCUCAUCAAUAAGAAGCUGAACGACUACAGGAAACAGAGUCCGACGUCCAACAAGCCGGAUUCGUCUCCUCGGAUGCAUCGCAUGAUGCCGCCGUUCCUGAUGAACAAAACGGAAAAUGCAUCCGGAGCGCCGCGCUCCCCGAAACAAGAAGGCAAAGAUGAAAGCAGCCCUCCAAAGUCGCCGUGGGGAAUUAACAUCAUAAAGAAGACGAAGAAGGCCGGGCCCAAAGCGUUUGGUGUGAGGCUGGAGGAAUGUCAGCCGGGUGUCAAUAACAAGUUCGUCCCGAUGAUCGUUGAGUUCUGCUGCGGUUUGGUGGAGGAGAUGGGCCUGGAGUACACCGGGAUCUACCGGGUGCCAGGGAACAACGCCAUGGUGUCGCUGCUUCAGGAGCAGCUCAACAAAGGUGUGGACAUCAACCCUGCAGAGGAGAAGUGGCAGGACCUGAACGUUGUCAGCAGUUUACUCAAAUCCUUCUUCAGAAAGCUCCCGGAGCCGCUCUUCACCAACGACAAGUACAARGACUUCAUCGACGCCAAUCGGAUGGAAAACCCAUCGGAGAGACUGAAGACAAUGAAGAAACUGAUCCGAGACCUUCCAGAUCAUUACUUUCACACACUGAAGUUUCUGGUCGGUCACCUGAAGACCGUCGCAGACCACUCAGACAAAAACAAGAUGGAACCUCGUAACUUGGCUCUGGUGUUCGGACCCACCCUGGUCCGGACGUCGGAGGACAACAUGAAAGACAUGGUGACACACAUGCCUGACCGCUACAAGAUCGUGGAGACGCUCGUCCAACACUGCACCUGGUUCUUCACUGAGGAGCUGGACAAGGAUGAAAAGACCCCGGUGGACACCGAGGACGUCCAGCCGGCUCCCAACAUCGACCACCUGCUGUCCAACAUCGGCAGGACCUCUCUGCUCGGGGAGGCCUCAGACUCAACCAACUGUGACUCAGCUAAGAUAAAGCGGAUGUGGGGCUCCAAGAAGGACCUGACAGCCAAGGACUUCCUGGCCCUGUCCAUCAUGUCCGCRGUCACGGGACGCAAGCGCAGGAAGCGCCGCAACGCCCGCCGCGUGGGCAGCAGUACCGACGACGACUCCGAGCACGAGCCCUUCAGAGCCGAACACCCGGGGACGGAGGAGGAGGAGGAGGAAGAAGAGGAGUCGCAACCUGUGGGAGACACCGCUCCUCGAGCAGAAGGAGAGGAGGACGAGGAUGAGGAGGAGGAGGAAGAGGAGGAGGAAGAGGAGGAGGAAGAGGAGGAGGAAGUUGAAGGAGUGAAAGAGGAGGCGGUUGUGCCGUGCUGCAAAGAGGAAGAGGAGGCCGGAGGGGAGCAGGCGGCCACGUUGCUGCGGGAGGAGGGGGCGCAGGCGGAGGUGAAGGGGCGAGCGCCGGAGGACGCCCGCUCCAUCGUCUCCGGUUACUCCACCCUGUCCACGCUGGGGCGGAGCUUGGGGUCGGAGGGCCGAGGCGAGGAUGCGGACGACGAGCACAGCGAGCUGGUGAGUGAGACGGACAACGAGAGCGGCUUCGCCUCGCGCUCGCUCACCCAGGAGAGGCCCAGCAAACAAACAACAACAACAGAGCCCGCCCCCGUCCCGCGCAGCUUCCUCUACUCGCACUGCAAGCCCCCCAMCCUGGCUCUGAGCCCGCCCACUCCUGUCACUCACGCCCCCGACCCCGCGGAGAGGAGCGACAGAGGAGCGCGCUCCACCACGCCUUCGUCGUCCUCCUCCUCCUCCGCCGCUCACCGCCUGCACUCGCGGCCCUCCUUCAACUCGCACAAGCUGAUCCAGUGCGACACCCUGGCCCGCAAGAAGCUCAAGACCCGGUCCCAGGACCUGGCCGAGUCCCUGGAGGAGGGCUCCGGGUCGGAGAGGCCGCGGAGGGACUCAUCCAGAACCAACCCGUCCUCCAGCAGCAGCCAGGAGAGCCUGCGGCCGUCCCGCUCCGGACCCGCCCUGCGGCCCAGCGAGGCUGCCUCCUUCGCCCCGGCCGGCCCCGGCGGCGCCGGGGGGAGGUCCCUGGCGGAGCAGGUGCGGGCCCGGCUGCUGGGCUCGGCCGACGACCUGCGCAGCGUGGGGCUGAGGAGGCAGCCGUCGCCCGAGACGCGCCGCAAGAAGCGCGUGUGGCGCCGGCACACCGUGGUGGCGUCCCCCACGGAAGCGAGCGAGAAGAGACCCCCGUUGGUGAAAACACGAGACGUGCCUCAGGACGGGCUCGACCCGGGUCCGGUUCCACGCCAAACCCCCACCUCCAGAUUCCACCAGUACCUCUGAAAGGACCGCCGAGCUGCCGGACGACAUCAUUCCACUGCUGCCAAAACUGAUUUCUUCUUCUUCUUCUGCUCAUAAAAAAGACGCAGACGUGGCCACGCCUCCUCACGGCCAGUGUCAGUUUCACAAAUCUGAGUCUCCUCCCACUUCCUGUUCGGCUCACAGGUGAGAAAUUAGAGUUCAUUGAGAAAAAUGGUGCUUCGAGUCGAACUGAGGGUCGUUCAGAAUCGUCUGUUACUCACAGCAACGCAAACUAAACCGAUUAAAAAAAAAAGUUUCCUCUUCAGCUGAUUUAUUUAUUUUAAUCAGUCUUCCUGAAGCGCUCCGGACCGCAGAAACUGUAAAACUCUAAUUUAUGCUCAGCUUCUCAGUGUUUGUGUUUACGCAAAAACAACAGCAAACUGUGGUCACGUGUGAGCGUUCAGGCGGAAAAAUGUUUUGUAACAUUUUGUACAAAGCCUCGCUAAGUUAACCGUGUAAAUAUCUUGUUUUUUAGUUGUUUUUUUAUGGUUUACAGUCAUUUCUUUCAAGACUUGAAAUGUUUUUUUUCUUAAUAUAUAUUUUUUUGUUUAUAUUCUCUUAAAAUAUAAAUAUAUAUUUUAUAUUAAAGUAAAAAUAAAGACUUUUAUUGGGAUCGAACCUUUUUGUUCCAAAACUCGCUCCUUUUGCUGGUUUACAACACUGUGCAGAAAACCUUUAACUCACCUGAAGGAUUCAAGAAAAAUGUAAUUUUUGCAGACAUCAGAGGUCGUUUAGAACCUCGGUUCUGAAAAUAAUCAUCUGCAAAUCUUGUAUUAAAUGUUGAAGCUAAGAAAUUAUUCGAUUUUAUGAAAAUAAUCAAUUAAAAUCUGGUGAAACUGAAACGAGAAGAAUCUCCUCUUGUUUGCUGGAUUGUUUGUUUCUCGAUGAACUAAAUGUGMUUUUUUUAUUUAACCUUUAUUUCACCAGGAAGAACAUUAAGAACAGUUUCUUAUUUAUGACGUUGACCUGUAAAUGUUUUAAAUUGAUUCGAGGUCUGGACUGCAGGCGGACCUGGUCCAGAACCUGGAAUCUAAUUUGGCAUCGUCUUGCUGAAAUGUGCAAAGCCUUCCCUGAAAAUCAUAUAAUUUGGAUGAUAGCUGAUGUUCUAAAACCUGUUUAUACUUUUUUUUUUACAUUGACUGAAUCACUAAUGUACCCCUAUACCAUUAGAGAGGCAGGCUCCCCCCCAAAAAAAUAUUUAUGUGAGCCAUCACAUCGAAACCAGGAUUAAGUCCAAAAGUGGAGAAACAGGCAGAUAUAGGUUUUUGAUUUAAACUUGUGUAAAAAUUGCAUUUUGUCCAAAUGUAAUGAAUUAAUGUCUUAUGAAUGUAUCAUUUGAAUGAACUGUCUGAAAUAUAAUCCUAAAAUAAAUUUUGAAGCAUUUUUUUGA